CUUGUUACAGCUCUGUCAACCACAGCUUCCUGUUGGGGCUACUCAGCCCCACACCACAGCUCCCUAUUUCCCUCCCUGACACAGGGACUGGGACAGCUCUGCCCUCUGAGAAGCAGACAUGGUGCCCCUGCUGCUGCUGCCCCUGCUGUGGGGGGAGUCCCUGCAGAAGAAGGAAGGCUAUGAGCUCCAAGUGCAGGAAUCUGUGAGGGUGCAGGAGGGCCUCUGUGUCCAUGUGCCCUGCUCCUUUUCCUACCAGCGGAGUUCGUGGCUUUCCUUUAAUGAACUCUACACCUCCUGGUACCGGAGUGAGAACCACACAGACUACACUGAUCCUGUGGCUACAAACAACCAAUAUAAACAAGUGAAGAAACAGACUGAGGGCCGAUUCCUCCUCACAUACUCCAGGACCAACGACUGUUCCCUGAGCAUCAGAGAUGCCAGGAAGAGUGACACAGGAAGCUACGUCUUCCAAGUGGAGACUGGAUAUUAUGAGGAAUGUAUUUACCAAGAUAAGAAGCUGACUUUGCAAGUGACAGACCUGACACAGAAACCUGACAUCCACAUUCGGGGGCCUCUGGAGUCUGGCCACCCCACAAAGCUGAGCUGCAGCCUGCCAGGGUCCUGCAAAGGGGCAAGUCCUCUCAUCUACUCAUGGGUGGGGAGUGCUCUCAACUCUCUGAAUCCCCAGACCCUUCGCUCCUCUGUGCUCACCUUCACUCUGAAGCCCAGGGACCAUGGCACCACAGUCACCUGUCUGGUGACACUUGCAGGACCUGAGGUGACCACACAGGAAACCAUUCGACUCAAUGUGUCCUCAUUCGAGAUUCUGCAAAAUACCUCAUCCCUUCCCAUCCUGGAGGGUGAGGCUCUGCAGCUGCUCUGUGUGGCUGACAGCAACCCCCCUGCACAGUUGAGCUGGUUCCAGGGGUCCUCAGCCCGGAACGCCACCCCCAUCUCCAGCACUGAGAUCUUGGAGCUGCCCCGUGUGGGGACUGGGGAAGAAGGACAGUUCACCUGCCAAGCUCAGCACCCACUGGGCUCCAAAAAUAUCUCUCUCAGCCUCUCCGUGGUCUACCCCCCACAGCUGCUGGGGCCCUCCUGCUCCUGGGAGGACCAGGGUCUGCACUGCAGCUGCUCCUCCCGAGCCCAGCCGGCCCCCUUGCUGCGCUGGCGGCUGGGGGAGGGGCUGCUGGAGGAGAACGCCAGCGAUGCCUCCUACACCAUCACCUCCUACUCUGCGGGGCCCUGGGCCAACAGCUCCCUGAGCCUCUGUGCGGGGCUCAACACAGGCCUCAGGCUCAGCUGUGAGGUGAAGAACGUCCACGGGGCCCAGAGCGCCAGUGUCCUGCUGCUCCUGGCAGAGAAGUCGGUAUCUGCUUCCAGAGUAGUUCCUGCAGCUCUUGGAGGUGCUGGUGCCAUGGCCCUAGUAUCCCUGUGCUUGUGUCUCAUCUUCUUUUACAUAGUGAAAUUCCACAGGAAGCAAACAGAUGGGAGGCAAAGAGUCAUGAAUGAUGAAGACCCUGUCAUGGGAAUAGUCACCUGGGUGUGUGAUGGUUCCCAGCUAAACCUUGGGCCAGACGGGCCUCCAGACCUAGCGUCACCCACCAGGGAUGCCUCUCCAUUGAGAGAGGAACAGGAUAUCCAGUAUGCCAACCUCACCUUUCAUGGGAGGAAGCUGCAGGGGCCUCAGAACAAGAAGGCCACCACCAUCUGCCAGUACUCAGAGAUCAAGAAGAGAUGCCAGUGAGGACUUGCUGAGAGCUCCGUCCUAACUAGAGGCAUCACAGCCUCUCUAGGGGAAAGAAGUUGGGGACUAAUUGAUGAAACCUGAGGAGACCUCAUGCAACAUUAGCAUGAAUCACUGUAAGAGCAUCUGCAGGCAGAGCAGGAAGAAGAAAGGUGAUGGAAUUGGAGAGACUUGGGCUCAGGUGCAGACUUCAGCACUUCCUAAGGCAUUGCCUUCAAGUGAUUCACUUCAUUCCUCUGUCCUCAGUUUCCCAUUCUGUACAGUAGAGAUCAUACAUGCUACUGAAAGGCAGCUGUGAGCAUUAAAGAAAUCACUAGCAACAGA